GAGCAGCUUUGAGCGAAAUGCUGUAAGCACAAUGCUAGAUAUAGGUUUCCUGGUCUUCUGCAGGAAACUGCACGAUGACAUUUGCAUGAAAUUACAACAUGCAGCCUUUAUCAACAAUUGGCUAGAGACUGAAUUUUCCCACAAGAGACUGGAAGAAAUUUAUAAUAGAGUAUACACAGGAAGGUGCUCCAGAGCUCAGCUGUUGUGUUCUUCAUUUGACCUCUUUGCGUAAGAAGUAAGCUGCAGGCUUCACAAUGGGCUCCAUUUCUAGAAUGAUUACUGAGUUUUCCCUUGAUCUCUACAAUAAAGUCAACAGAAGAGCAGAAGGCUGUUCAAACAUUGUCUUCUCUCCAGUGAGCAUCUCUACCUCCCUUGGCCUGAUCCUUCUAGGGGCACGAAACAACACUGCUGCUCAGAUAGAAAAUGUUCUCCACAUCAGUGAUGCUGCAGGAACUACAAGCCUUGAAUCUGAGCUUGAAGGUGUAGUCCCAGAAAACAAGUCUGAACUAAGCCAGGAAAGAGAGUCUUCCCCCUCUGUGUGUAACACAGAUGGGAAUCUUUACCAUGAAGCAUUCCAUACACUGCUUUUACAACUGCAAAACCUUGACAAAGACUACGUUAUAAGCCUGGCUAACAACCUCUUUCUCCAACAAGGAUUUGAACCGAAUCAGAAAUAUCUGAUGUGCAGUAAGGAACUAUACAGAGCAGCCCUUGAAACAAUGGACUUUCAAAGGGAUCUUGAAGCAAGCAGGCUAAAAAUUAAUGAUUGGGUUGAAAGUGAGACAGAAGGUAAAAUCAAGGAACUUUUUGCUCGAGGCGUGAUUAACACAGAUGCCAUUCUGGUGCUGGCAAAUGCAAUCUACUUCAAAGCAUCCUGGGAACACAAGUUCGAGGAGAAAAAUACAGUACAGAGAGAUUUUAAACUGCAUCAGAAUGAGAGAAAGCCAGUACAGAUGAUGUAUCAGAAAGGCACGUUUAAAUUAGGCUAUAUCGAGGAGCUGGAAACUCAGGUGCUUGAACUCCCUUACGCUCAGAAGUUGCUCAGCAUGAUCAUCCUUCUGCCAGGAGACACAGAAGAUGGAUCUACCAGUGGGCUGGAACAGAUUGAAAGCACAAUGACCUAUGAAAACUUAACGGUGUGGCUGUCUUCCAAACAUAUGUUUGAGACGAUCGUAGAGGUGUACCUGCCCCGAUUCAAGCUUGAAGGCACCUUUAACCUCAAUGAGGUAUUAAAAGAAAUGGGAAUGACCGACAUUUUCACUUUUAAAGCUGAUCUUUCUGCGUUGUCUGAGAAAUCCCUGAUGUUGUCAAACAUUGUCCAUAAGGCUUAUGUGGAAGUCAAUGAGGAGGGCACUACAGCAGCAGCUGCUACAGGAGCUACCAUUGUGAGGAGGUCUCUUCCCCUCACAGAGGUGUUUAUGGCUGACCAUCCUUUCUUAUUCUUUAUUAGGCACAAUCCCACAGAUACCAUGCUUUUCCUUGGUAAAUUUUGCUCACCUUAAAAUGAGGGCCAACUUCUAGCAUUGUGAGGAAAACCUGGAUGAGAAUCAGAAAUACUACUUUUCCCCCUGCACCUUCUUAAUCCUAUGAAUGAUUGUAGACCAAAGUAAUCACUACAACCAACUUAGCCUAGAACCAUCAAUUGGAUGCCCUCCUGUUAUGCGCCUUGAAUGGCAAAUAUUGAUCUGAAUCUAAAACAGGAGUAAAUUUUCCCUUUACCUGAUUGGAUAUGAAGAACAUUUUGUUUCCUCAAGGAGGACAUACACUCCUGUAUAGCCUACAGUUCUCCAGCAUAGCCAUGUAAUCUAGUACACUAUUUGCCAGGCAAAGGUGGAAUUUCUAUGCUGCUACCUGAGGAGAACUGUUUGUAACAAUUUUCAGUAACUGCCAACAAAACUGGAGUAUUUUUAUUUUCUCUGUAGUUUUUGAUUUCUUACCAGGUGGGUCUUGAAUAGCAGAGAGGGGCUUUGGAGAUGCUUUAUGCUUACACAUACUCCAUAUCUGUGGCAAAUCCUUUGCACAGUGGAGAUCUCACUUUGAUAAUUCCCUUUCCUGUAGCAGCAGUCACAAGCAAGCAGGAAAUACAGCAAACUCACCUACUUACUGACAACUGUACUGCUUUCUCCCCAUGAUGUAUUCUGGGUCUAUCCUUGUGCCAUAUAAAACAUUUAUGCAAGAA